AUAAUCAUUCUCUGAAUUUUCAAAGAGACACAGAACCGAACUCCUUUGCAAUGCCCCUGAACACAUGCGAAUACCAGCUGCUGUUUCUGCUCUGUUUUCUGAUGAAAAGCUGUCAUGCUUUCAAAAAUGAUGCCACUGAAGAGUUUUAUGGGCACAUGGUCGCAUCAUCUCACGAGACUCCGAACAACGCCUCUUUAAAUCGAGCGCGCAACGGAGGAAGACGAACGGAGAGCCGAGACCAAAACGAACAGCACCAGGUCGGUUGCAGGGAACUGAGGUCCACUAAAUACAUAUCUGACGGCCAGUGCACAAGCCUGAAUCCCGUGAAGGAGUUAGUGUGUGCCGGAGAAUGCCUACCCACCCACUUGCUGCCCAACUGGAUCGGUGGAGGUCACUACUGGAGCAGACGGGAUGCCCAGGAGUGGCGCUGCGUCACUGAUCGCACACGCACCCAGCGCAUUAAACUCCAGUGCCAGGAUGGCAGCACGCGCACCUACAAGAUCACUGCUGUCACAUCCUGCACAUGCAAAAAAUACACACGCCAAAACAACGAGUCCUCUCAUGCACCUCAGAGUCCCUCAAAGGAUCAUCCACUGCAGAACCCCAGGAAGAAAAAAAGCAAAAAUAAAAACUUAAAGGUUAAUUCUAAAAAUGAAUAGAGCCUCUCAUUGAUUGAGAAUGAGCUAUACUGGUACAGAUUUGACCAACACAACCCUGCUCAUGGAAGGAAUGGGACUAUAGUAUGAACUACUAUGACACUGACUUGGAUUGCAAUGAUGUACAGCUUACUAUUUUCAGAUUCUUUGAUGACCAUGCAUAAAUGUAUGCAUAUGUGUGUGUAUAUGCACUUUUUGAGUGUAAUAUGGUUAAUGUUUUGUACAAAUAACCUGAUUACAAAAAGCAAUUAUGUAUACGACUACAUUUGACACAAAAGUUGAGGGAAAAAAACGAUAACUAUAGCUAUGUAAAUAUUUGCAUUUCAUAUGUACUAGUUUUUGAAUAGAAUUACAUCUAUUUUUAUAUAAUAGUUGUUUUAUGAAUAUUUCAAGUUGACAUUUACACAGUUAAAUACACAUUUAUACAAUAAAUUAAGUAGUUUACAUAUGCUGGUUUGUAUCAUUUUGAAGUGGAGACCACUGAUUGUAGCUCAAGGCAAGGUUGUAGAAUUACACGGACAGUCAGAAACUGUAACAAAUGAGGAAUUAGUUCAAGAAGCGAGUUCUUUCUCACUGUGUUCGUAAUUCUACGCUGCAUUGUUGUGAAGGGCUGCCCUCACCUGCAGGCACAUCAGCUACUUUUUGGCGGCAACAUGUUAAAGCUGCUUCAUUGUAUUCUGUAUCCUUUCACUCUGCCAUUCUGAAAGUCAUGUUGCUGUGCCUGAGGUUAUAUUCCCAAGUUAUGAAUCAGAUUCCUUGUGUUGUGAAUACAGGAAUCCAGAGGAAGGUGACACUGCACAGGUAACAUUGCAAGUCACUGGAGGAUGAGAAACUUUGUGGGUCCUGUGAAAACAAUAAUAAAGAAGCAUAAAGCA